CUGAUGGAAACGGGAUAUGAAGUCAUGGCUGGCUAUAAUGCAACCCUGCCAGCCUAACACCACGGCAUGACUUACCUUGUCAUGUACCGGUGACUGACCACCUUGGUGGAAGAGCAGGAGGUGCGAGGCUAUCGCAUACAUGUCACCGUGACUUUUUCCAGAUCGAAUAUUCUUCAAUGUUCAAAACAUAACCGUAGUUUGACGCGCGAAACGGAGAACUCCGCACUGCAGUCACACAGUAGGCUAUAUCACGUACUUUCAGUCGCUCUUGCAUACACAUUUUAUUACACGCGUGUUUGGUUUAUGUCUUGAGGAAAAUUCUGAAAAAGGUUUCUCUGCAUGGAAAUCAAAGUAAUAUACCUGAUGAUGACACCGCAUCUUUCCUAACAGUCAGUCAGUCAAGGGAGUUACUAUGGAAUUAACUGCGAACGACCGAAGACAUUUGACAUAGAUAAGGAAAUAAAAUAAAUAAUUGACCAAAUAUUUGUAAUUCGCCUUUUCACCAAUGCGUGCUAAAUUAAUACGUUUUUAAUGCAUCUGAAACUGGAUCUGAAAACUUUAACAAUCGCUUUCAUGAGCUAGAUGUAGAAUAUAAGGCUAUUUUAUUGUUUGGGUAUAUCGGUUCUCUUUAAUAAUUCCAGUCGACUCCUCUGACUGUGACAGUCGUGACCAAUGUUGGACCCUCGAGCUCAACGUGCCUCUCGUGACUGACACAUCAGAAGGAAAUCUAUUGGAUUUAUUACAAAACAACCACAUCUAUCUUUACUAAAGACAGCAAUAAGUUUGUCAGUUGAGUGGAUUUUAUUUCGUGAAUGACACUUUUUUAUUUUUACGCAUUAUAUUUUUGUGUCUUGGUGACCUGGCUGUCAUUACGCGGUAUUGAUGGACACACACAGGUUGUUGUUGCUGCCGGACCUCGCGCAGUGAUAUUUAGUAGACAUCAUGUUUCUAUGCAACACAAGUGCAAUCAAAGACUGGAGCUAUUUCCUCUCUCAGAUCCUGCCUCUGAUCAACAAGACGUCUGGCUUGGUCAAUCAGGGCAUCAUCGACGAAGCGGAGGUGGCGACCACCACCAUGGUGACUGCUCUAGAGCCGGACCUGAGCGGGAUAAGCGCCAGUCACCCCCCGCUGAACUCUAAUCACACCUCCGGGAUGGAACAUGUCUUUCAGUACUCGGAGAGUGACCUUCUGUAUACGGACAACAGGACACCAGCCCGGGACCCCAUCCCACUGCCCAAGGCCGUGCUCUACCUUGUUUGCGCGGCUCUAGUGGUGGUCGCGGUGGUAUAUGCCAUAGUGGGACACCUGGUCAAGGAUCUGGUUACUGAGUUUGUAGACUGCAGGUUGUUUGGUGGCUGCACAGUGACCAACAGGAGUAAGAGUGAGAUAAACUGUAUCACCAACAGCGUGAACGAGAUGAGUGAGAUGAGCGAAAGGCCACAGUUGGUAGAGAUGAACUACAUUACUUGUAACCACAGUAACUGCCUGGGGGCGACUGCCCAACCAGAAGAACUCAUAGUGACCAUAGACGAGACGUUACAGCUGCCGCGGGAUACACACACUGGGACCUAAACCUUGGGCACAACAGUCAUCUGAUAUCGGAUAAGAGGGAAAGGAAACAGCCAGUUUGCUUGGGUUUCCUUCAUAAAUGGAGCAACCUAGUCUAUCACAAACCGAUAUCCACUGUCCAUUACAGUACAGCAGUGGCAUCGUCUGAUGUUUGUCAUGAGGUUGUUAAAAUGAGGACAAAAAGUAUUGAAAAGUCUUAAAACAAAGGCGAUGGACAAUUUUACAGCACAGGAUGCAAAAGUUUGACAUUGAACUGGAGGAAUAACUAACAGUUGGAGUGGACUGAUUCUUUUUCUGAAUUUCACCAUCCUGUCACUCAUCAUUGUGGCUUGUUCUUGGUAAGCCUUCACCUGUACACAUUGUACUCUCUAAAUGUGAUCCAAGUAUUUGACCGUGACUAAUCUCUCGUUCACACACACACACACACACACACACACACACACACACACACACACACACACACACACACAC